AUGCCCUCCCGCACCUCCUUCACCGAACUCCGCCACCUCACCGCCGGACAAGACGGCGGCUUCAACCAAGGCAUCCUUAUCGUCCGCCACCGCCGCACCGGCACCUGCUAUAUCGAAAAGCGUGUCUCCCCCCGCGCCAUCCGCACCGGCCACGCCGCCCGCGAAGCCCGCGCCCUGCGCUCCUGCCACCACCCGCAUAUCAUCUCCUUCGUGUUCGCAGACAUCGACGCCGCUGGCUACGGCUACGGCAGCAUCUACAUGUCGUACUGCGAGCUGGGGUCUCUCGACGGGUUGCUCUCGCGGCUGGCACGGCGCUCGAACUUCCCGCCUGAAGGCUUCCUCUGGAAGAUCCUGUUCGACAUGGCAACCGCACUGUGCUAUCUCCAGACGGGGCUGAAGUCUUCGUCGCUGGCGCAGAGCGGACAACCCGUGUCUGGCUGCGCGCUGGGCUGGGUUCAGAUUCUGCAUCGGGACAUCAAGCCCGCAAAUAUCUUCGUUACGUUCGCGCACAGCAGAACUGAGAGCGUGUAUCUAGCCCUAGUCCUGGGUGACCGUUCACGAAGCCUUUCGCUGCGCCUGAGGAACCCCGUUAUAGCGACACCAGCGACGUGUACUCCCUCGCGCUGA